GUGAAAGGGCAAAUCCGUCAUUUCUUCUUUCCCGGGAAAAAAGCACCGUUUUUUCUGUUCAUAACGUCACCCCCACCAUCCCCCCACCACCACCAAUAUAUCUCACUCAGUUCAUCAAAAAAUUAAAAAAAAAAAAAUCCAUUUAUGGUUGAAGCUUCACGGGGUUUCAGAUUUCGUCUGAUCACUUUCGGUAAUCCACUUUACAACACUCCUUGUGAUCCUUGUGCUGCCACGUUGUUCAAAUCCUCAACCGUUUUGAUUUUCACAAUUCAUCACCAUCAGUUUUAAGUUGGAUAGUUGGAGAAGAGUACGAUGGCGCUUGCGAUGGAUAUGCCGAUUAUGCACGAUAGCGAUCGGUAUGAGCUUGUGAGAGAUAUCGGUUCGGGUAACUUUGGUGUGGCCAGGUUGAUGAGGGAUAAGUUCACUGAUGAACUUGUUGCUGUUAAGUAUAUUGAGAGAGGUGAGAAGAUAGAUGAAAAUGUGCAAAGGGAAAUCAUCAACCACAGAUCACUGAGGCACCCGAACAUUGUCAGAUUCAAAGAGGUCCUUUUGACACCGACACAUCUGGCAAUCGUAAUGGAAUAUGCAUCUGGCGGAGAACUAUUUGAGCGGAUAUGCAACGCUGGGCGGUUUCCAGAAGAAGAAGCACAUUUCUUUUUCCAGCAACUCGUAUCAGGAGUCGGUUACUGUCAUAAUAUGCAAGUAUGCCAUCGCGACUUGAAACUGGAAAACACGCUUCUAGAUGGUAGCCAGGCUCCAAGGCUUAAGAUCUGUGAUUUUGGAUAUUCAAAGUCCUCUGUUCUGCAUUCACAACCAAAAUCGACUGUCGGAACGCCUGCAUAUAUUGCUCCAGAAGUCUUACUUAAGAAAGAAUAUGAUGGCAAGAUGGCAGAUGUGUGGUCGUGUGGUGUAACGUUAUACGUGAUGCUUGUGGGAGCAUACCCGUUUGAAGACCCUGAGGAGCCUAAGAAUUUUCGAAAGACAAUACAAAGAAUUCUCAACGUUCAGUACUCGAUUCCGUCCUAUGUUCAUAUAUCCACUGGGUGCCGCCAACUGAUGUCCAAAAUUUUUGUAGCCGAUCCCGCUAAGCGGAUAACCAUGGACGAGAUAAGAAAUCACGAGUGGUUUACAAAGAACCUUCCGGGCGACCUGGUCAAUGAGAAUGCUGUUGACCAAUUUGGGGGGACAGACCAACCAACCCAAGGUGUUGAUGAAAUAAUGCAGAUAAUAGCCGAAGCGACCAUCCCUGCAGCUGGGGCCCACAACCUCAACCAGUACCUCACAGGAUGCCUGGAUAUUGAUGAUGACAUGGACGAGGACCUGGAAAGUGAUCCGGACCUCGACAUUGACAGCAGUGGGGAGAUUAUAUACGCGAUGUGAGUUUGUUUACAUAUACGUCGUUGUAGUUGAUCAUCAUAUAUGUGCCACGAAAGAUCUGGAGUCGAAGAUGGGUGUUAAUGAAACGUGCACUUGUUGUAAACUUUCAUAAAAUGAUGGUUAAUUGUUGUAUAAGUGACAGGUUUGUUAUGGUUCUAUGAACUCUAGCUUUGUUACAUAUAUUUGAUUUACUAGAACUAUGCUUAUAGAAAAGAUGCUACUUAAUGAAGAAA